AUGUUUGUGAUGAAAUCAUCUGAGGAUAAGAAGACAGAAGUUUCGUCUACUGGUCGGAUCACGAGAGUGGACGUCAAGUAUGCAUUUAUAUCAAGCAACAAACUUGGUUCUGUUUUUGUUCCCCCAUCUGCAGCUUUGCCGCCGGACUGCUCAACGCCAGAUCUCACGAAAUACCUUAAAGCUGGUGAUAUAGUUCAUUUCGUUGCAGUACCUCAACGUGGAAAAAACGAGUGCCAGUGGUUGGCAACAAAGGUUGUUGCGGUCAGUUCAGUUACUGAGACCUUUGCUUAUGGUUUUAACGAAGAACUGGGAAUGGUGUUUAUUCCCGGUGCUUCGUUUUCUGCUGCUGAGGUCAGUAAACUGGACAGUUAUAUCGCCACUGGCGACUUAGUGAUUGUGCAGGUUAGAGCGCAAGCCGAAAGAUCAGGAUGUAGAUGGAUUGCAGAAUAUGCCACAAAAAUAUCUUCUCAUUCUUUCUCAGAAAUGUAUCGAAGUGAUGCGGCCUUUGAUUUAGCUUCGGAAGAAAAUAAACUUACUUUCGAUAAGGGAUAUUUCAGAAAAGGAUAUGGGAAAGUCGUUAGCGUGAGCAAGAUGAUGGCAUCUGUACUUGAUUUUUCUGGUGAAUUACUUUUCUGUUCUAGCCUGACUUGGAGAGGUGGUUGUCGAGGGAAUAUGUUUGCUGAAGGGCUCGAUGAAGUCUUGACACCUGGAGAAAGCGUAUACUUUGAAGCUGUACUCACGGAUCAAGGGUGGAGAGCUGAAUUCUGGGACUUUAGUUUCAAUCAGAAACAACUUCACGAAGCUUAUACACAGACUGCAAUAACUUCGGAGGAGAUGAUUCUCAGGUCUUUGGAUACCGAGAUCCUUGACUAUUUAAGGACAAAAAUACCUCACAUUUUAGCAUUUUGCCACCUGUAG